UGUUGGUGUACCGAGCGACUUAUUUUCACGCGAGGCGGGUUUGUACAUGUGGCGGACCAUCCCUUUUGAUAGAAUGGGUUGGGAGAAAGUUCCGACUCCUUAUAAGGAUGCCGUGAUGAACCACCUAAAGGAGAAUUUCAAUUUCGAUGAAGUUGAACAGGAUUUGGAGGCGCGCGACUUAAAAGGCAGCAUUAGACAAGUGCUUAUGAAGCGGUACUCCGACCGCAAGAACUACGCUAAGAGAGAAUUUCGUGAUAAUGGAGGUUAUGCCGAUGUCGAAAGUGCAAGGGCACACCACCCCGAGGAUAUGCCUUAUGAAAACUGGCUGAGAACCAUUGAUCACUUCUUGGACCCCAAAUAUAUUGCAAGAAGUGAGGCAAACAUAAGAGUCCGCCAACUUCAACAAUUCCCAAACCGGGGGGGGGGGGGGGGGGGUUUUAAUGUUAAACAGGGUUUGAAACGUCUUGAUAAGUACCGCAAAACUCACACCGAUAAAGAUGGGAAUUUUGUUGACCCGGUAGCCGAGCAGAAUUAUCUUAAUCUAGAACGCGAGAUUAUGGGCGGAGAAAGCGGCGGUUCUCAACCGCCGAAUCGCCGAAUGAGGCUGCCGUGUUUCAAAACGUUUUGGGAGUAUGUUUCGACUUUGUUCCAAAGUCCGGCAUUCAUAAACCAACUUGAAACCUUUCUUGCGGCGAGGGGAAAGCAAGCCGCGACCGACGAUGACUAUGACUAUGACAAUCUUUUUGACAAGGAUGCUGAGGAGUAA